AGUCUUGUUUCCUCGCCAGUGUGCUAAACUGUUUUCUUUUUCGCUUGCGCCACGUCAGUUGAAAUUUUCAAUAAUCUCUCCAUAUGUGUUAGGCAGCUGCUAGACUCGGGCAUAUAAAACAAAACUGCAAACCAAGAUGGGUGACGAACUCGAUGGCUGCGAAUGCAUUUGGUCCCAUGAAAUGGCCAUGCAAAGGCUUAUCAAUUUUAUACGCCAGAAUCAGAACGCUUGCUCCGAUACUACGUGCAUUGAUGUGAGCGGACGUGUCACGGGCCAGGCUGGCGCCGACGACUCUUGCGGCAACAGCAUUCGGAUUGCCAUCGCCUUCUUGCUGCUGGCCAUUUUCAUGUACAUUGUGAAUCCGAGCACCUGGAGUCGGUUUACCACCAACAGCAAGAACAGUCGCCGGGAUAACAAUCCGGAUGGUGCGCCACCGCCGCACCAGCCACGGCCGGCCAUCAAUUGAGGGCUCACUGUGGUGCUACAGCUUGCAUUUUUCUUUCCGUUUAUAGCUACAUACACAUAUAUGCAUACAAAUAUAUACAUAUAGGUGCAAAUGUAUAUAUCUAAAGUAUCUACAUAUUCGCCAAAUAAAUCGACAGCAAAUACAUAAAUGAAAA